GGGAUGCACUGGUUAGUUUGUGACCAAAGGCACCACAUCUUCAAAUACAAAGUUGUGCUUUCCCAUUGAAAUCUUCACUACUUCUGAAAAUGCACAUGCCUUGCUUGCCCCAAAGUGUAUGAUUGCUUGAGCUUACUCCAAACUAGGUGUGUUCAAAUCUCCAGUCUUCUUUCUCUCUAGGUGAUUCCCACCUUACAGUUUUGUGGAAAAAUACAUCACCUUGGGAUGUGCAAGCUAAUGCUCAUUAAGCCAAUAUAGGUCCUAUAAGUUGUGCUCUUACUUGUUUAAGAUUUAAACUGUUUAAUGGAGACCCUGAAGACCAAAUGUAGAAGCUGACUUUAUACAGCUCUGGAGCAGAUUGGGAAGCAUGGCUGCUAAGAAACUAAGAAGAGCACAGUUGUCUCAGGAAAUGUGUGCAAGGCUGAGUCGCUAUCAGAUCACUACCUGUCAGGACUUCUUAUGCCUUUCCCUCUUGGAGCUAAUGAAAGUGACAGGACGGAGCUACUAUGAGGUGCAGAAGCUUCUUUGUAAAGUCAGCCGAGCUUGUGCUCCCAAAAUGCAGACGGCUUAUGAAAUGAAAUUAAGGAAGUCUGUCAAUCCUUCUUCAGCCUUUUUAUCCACCAGACUUCAUAGUUUGGAUAGAGUCCUGCAUGGUGGUGUGCCUUGUGGAUCCCUCACAGAGAUAACUAGCCCACCAGGUUGUGGCAAAACUCAGUUUUGUAUUAUGUUGAGUGUUCUGGCUACGCUGCCUGUAAGCAUGGGAGGACUGGAUGGGGCUGUUAUAUACAUUGACACUGAAUCUGCAUUCUCUGCUGAGAGGUUAAUUGAGAUAGCAGCAAACAGUUUGCCUACUUAUUUUGACUCAGAUGAAAAGCUGCUCUGCAUGACCCGUAGCAUCCACCUGUACCGAGAACUGACCUGUAGCAGUGUACUUAAGAGGAUUAUGUCUUUGGAAGAAGAAAUUAUUUUGAAGAAAGUUAAACUUAUAAUAAUUGACUCUGUUGCUUCAGUUGUCAGAAAGGAGUUUGAUACAAAACUCCAGGGCAAUCUGACAGAGAGAAGUAACUUUUUGACUAGAGGAGCAUCAGUGUUGAAGUAUUUGGCAGAGGAGUUCUCAAUACCAGUUAUCUUGACGAAUCAGAUUACCACAUCGCUGAGCAGCCCUGGGAUCCAGGCAGACCUGGUGUCUCCAGCUGAUGAUUUGUCCCUGUCUGAAGGAUCUUCUGUGAGUGGGAAGAGGGAUUCUGGUUGUGUGACAGCAGCCCUUGGCAACACGUGGAGUCACAGCAUCAACACCAGGCUCAUACUACAAUACCAUGACUCGCCAACAAGACAGCUCCUGGUUGCUAAAUCCCCUGUUGCUCCAUUCUCCACUUUUUUCUACACCAUUGAGAAAUCAGGCUUGGUUCUUCAGGGAUGUGUGAGUGCCCUGCUUGAGAGGAGUGUGAGGAAAAGAAAGCUCCAUGCCAUGUCGGAUGAGAGCAGCAGUGCUUUCUUGUCUUUUUCCUUAGGCACUGUGAUCUCACCUAGUAGGACAAGUCAGAUUCCAUCACAGAGUUGUGCUCCAGUCUCUGCAUUGUCCAACCCAAAGGAUCAAACAAAUUUAGUUUGGGAAGGAACCAAUCCUGCCCUGCAGCCCAUACGAGUGAGGACCACUGAUUUGAAAGAUACUCUACAUGAUGCUGCUUUGCCCAGCACUACUGGUGAGACUUCAAGAAAUGCAUCAAGAAAUGCAUCAAAUGUAUAGAAAGGACAAACGAAACCUCCCCAAAGACUUGAAUGAAUGAGGACAUUGGUUUUCAAAAAUCUGGUGGAGCAGAGUGAGCAUUCUUCUUCUUUUGUCCCUUCAAAGAUUAACUUUAAAACCAAAUGCUGUUCUUUGUAUGUGUGAGGCCAUACUUAACUCUGAACUUAUGCAAAAACUGUCUUUUGUUUAGGUUAAUUUAAGUGACUUAAUAAUAAAAGCCUCUGAACAAUAGACAUGGUACUGAA